AUGGCACCGCGACCAGAGGAGAUGGAGAAGGCGCCCAUGCCCUUGCCUGGGACGGUUCCAGUGCCGGCACCGGUGCCCAUCGAAGACAAUCCCGAGGUCCUCGACGAGAAAACCUUGGAGGAUGGCGAUGGAAGUUCGGCCGCAGGAUUGACCGAAGAUGAGAAAAGGAUCAUCCAGAGACAGUUGGAUGCGCCAAACGAGAAAGUCGGCUACUUCACGCUGUUUCGGUAUGCCAACAAGAAAGACAUGCUUAUCAUGAUGGUGUCGUUCGUGGCCUCCAUUGUAGCAGGAGCUUGCCUUCCUCUCAUGACACUCGUAUACGGCAACUUUGCGGGCAGUUUCACCAGUUUUUCCGUCGACGCGCUUGCAGCAGAGCGUUUCCAGCAUCAGAUCAAUACCUUUACAUUGUAUUUCGUCUAUCUCGGCAUUGGUUCAUUCGUCUGUGUCUACGUUGGCAUGAUGGGGUUCUCAUACACGGGGGAGCGUAUUACUCAGUGCGUUCGCGAACUGUACUUGCGAGCUAUCUUUCGACAAAACAUCGGCUUCUUUGACCAUUUGGGUUCUGGUGAAAUCACCACCCGCAUCAGUUCCGACAUGGUGUUGGUUCAAGACGGUGUUGGCCAAAAGAUCUCCCUGUUCGUCUCCGGCACUUCUAUGUUUUUCGCAGCUCUUGUUGUCGGAUUCAUCCGAAGCUGGAAACUCACGCUCAUUAUGCUUUCCGCAACCGUGGCUUUGGUUAUCAUGAUGGGUUUCAACGGCGGUCGUAUGAAGGCGAAUCAGACUAAAGCUGUCGAUGAGUACGCGACUGCCGGUACUCUUGCUGAAGAAGUCAUCUCGUCUGCACGCAACGUGACAGCUUAUGGAACCCAGAAAAGACUUGAAGCCAAAUACAAAGCUUACCUGGACCGUGCUGCGCAGUGGGACUACAAUUCCAAGUUCUGGCUCGCUUCGAUGAUCGCCGGAAUGAUGGGUGUGCUCAAUUUGCAAUAUUCAUUAGCGUUCUGGCAAGGAAACCGCUUCCUACAAUCGGGAGAGCUGGGUGUUGCGAACAUCCUGACAGUUGUGAUGGCUAGCAUGGUAGCUGGUAUCUCGAUCGGCCACAACUUACCGCACCUGCAAGCAUUCGGUCAGGCUGUAGCCGCAGCUACCAAGGUGUUCAACACCAUUGAGCGCAGGUCUCCUAUUGAUCCUGAGACGGAUGAGGGCGACAAGCCGGAAGAGUUCGCAGGCAACAUCGAGUUCAAAGGUGUAAAACACAUCUAUCCCUCGAGGCAAGAUACCACCGUCCUCGAAAACUUCAAUCUAAAGAUUGACGCGGGCCAAAUGGUGGCAAUGGUUGGUGCUUCAGGGUCUGGCAAGAGUACCAUCUUCGGUCUUCUUGAACGAUUCUAUCUGCCAAUGAGCGGUCAAGUCUUCCUAGAUGGUAGGGAUAUUAGCACACUUAACCUUAGGUGGCUACGGCGGCACAUAGCUAUUGUGAGCCAAGAGCCUGUGCUUUUCAGCAUCACCAUCUACGAAAGCAUUGCGCACGGUCUUGUCGGUACGGAGUUCGAGCAUGCUAGCGAAGAAAAGAAAACGGAGCUUAUCGAGGAAGCUGCCAAGACCGCCAACGCCUACAGUUUCAUCAUGGACUUGCCAGACAAGUUUCAAACCAAGGUCGGAGAACGUGGAAAUCUCCUGUCGGGUGGACAGAAACAGCGUAUCGCUAUCGCUCGCGCCGUCGUUUCCGACCCCAAGAUUCUACUUCUCGAUGAGGCCACGGCAGCUCUUGAUACCAAAUCCGAGAAGGUUGUGCAGGAAGCUCUCGACAAAGCGACCGAAGGCCGCACCACCAUUGCCAUUGCCCAUCGUCUCUCCACGAUUCGUAACGCGGAUAAAAUUGUGGUUAUGGCCAAGGGAAGGAUUGUCGAGCAGGGUACUCACGAUGACUUGAUCAGAAAGCAGGGUGUUUAUCAGAGUUUGGUUCAAGCACAAGAAUUAAGUUCCAAAAUACAGCCAAGCAACCGCCUCUCUGAAAUGUCCAUGGGCGGAAAGGACGCCGAGGUCACGGUUGAGGGUGAGAAGCUCAACCUCAUACACACUACUACCACGAAGGCUACUUCGCUACACGCCAAGACAGGGGAGAAGAAAGAAAAUUACAACAAUUGGCAUCUCGUCAAAUUCGGUUGGUUCAUGAACAGAAAAGAGCACGGACUGAUGUAUACGGGCUUCCUCUUCUGUGUCUGUGCCGGUGCGACACCCGCGAUCCAGGCUAUCUUCUUGGGCAAUUCGAUCAACGCAUUUUUUUCACCUGAGACAUCAACUGGUGGCCAUGGAAUCUCCUUUUGGUGUUGGAUGUUCUUCAUGCUCGGUAUCCUUACAUGGGGCGCCUACUUCCUCCAAGGCCUGACCCUGUCAAAGUCUUCAGCUUUGCUCAUCUCACGUGUUCGUGAAGAUGCGUUCAGUGCCAUCCUGCGUCAGGAUAUCGAGUUCUUUGACAGUGACGCCGUAACUUCGGGAUCUCUCGCUGCCUUCCUCUCCACUGAAGCCAACCGUCUUGCUGGUAUGAGCGGCACCACACUUGGUGCCAUCAUCACCGCAUGUGCCAGUGUCAUCAUUGCCAUUAUUGUCGGACUGUGCUUCGGCUGGAAGCUCGCUCUUGUGUGUACCUCAACGAUCCCGCUCGUCAUCGGUUGCGGCUAUUUCAGAUUCUAUGCGCUCUUGCGCAUGGAGAAGCGUACAAAGGAAUCAACAGAUUCCGCCUCGUUUGCCUGCGAGGCCGCGUCUUCGAUUCGCACCGUGGCCACACUGUCUCUGGAAAGCCACUUGCUAGAGCAAUAUCACGAAAAGCUUGUUGCGCAAGGCAGGGGGAAUCUGAAGUUCAUGAACAUAUCUUCACUGUUGUACGCCAUGAGCCAGGGCUUGGCUAUGUUCAUUUUUGCUCUUGUCUUCUGGUAUGGUGGUAGGUUGAUGCUGAGUAUGGAAUAUACCGUGCUGCAGUUCUUCAUCGUCUACGCGGCUAUCAUCAACGGUGCGCAGUCUGCUGGCGCUAUCUUCUCUUUUGCUCCAGACAUGGGCGAGGCGCGGGAUGCUGCAAUGCUGCUUAAGUCUUUCCUGAACCGCGUACCCAAAAUCGACAAUUGGUCUACCGAAGGCAAGAAGAUCGAACGUCUUGCAGGAAAAGUCGAGCUUCAAUCCGUGCGCUUCAGUUAUCCCGGUCGUGCUGACCAUCGCGUUCUGCGGGGCGUCAGCUUGACAGCGGAGCCGGGACAAUUCAUCGCCCUUGUGGGUGCGAGUGGCAGCGGCAAAUCUACCAUCAUGCAACUCUUAGAACGCUUCUAUGACCCCACCGCCGGCGCUGUUUUGGUCGACAACGUGGAGCUAAAGGACUAUAACAUCCAAGACUACAGAGCGCAGUUGGCGAUCGUGAGUCAAGAAACAACGCUGUAUACGGGUACGAUCAAAGAGAACCUCCUAGCGGACAAAGACGACAUUCCCGAGGAAUUGGUGGUUCGUGCCUGUAAGGAUGCCAACAUCUACGAGUUCAUCACGUCCCUUCCUGAUGGUUUCAACACCCUUGUCGGUGCGAAAGGUGCUCUCCUUUCCGGUGGCCAGCGUCAACGCAUGGCCAUCGCCCGCGCUCUGCUGCGGGACCCCAAGAUUCUUCUCCUCGACGAAGCCACUUCAGCUCUCGACUCAGCCUCGGAACGAGUCGUCCAGGACGCGCUCGAUGCUGCCGCGCAAGGCCGCACCACUAUUGCUAUUGCGCACCGCUUGUCGACGAUCCAAGACGCCGACGUGAUCUAUGUUUUUGAUCAAGGGAAGAUUGUGGAAAAAGGACGGCAUGAUGAGCUGAUGGGAAAGAGGGGUGUGUAUUGGGAGUUGGCGCGGUUGCAGGACAUGGGCGCAUCCCAGUUUUAA